AUGGUUGCAAAAGAGGACACAAACCUACAAGGGAUAUUGAGGAAACACGCGGAUGUGUUCAAAGGAGAACUUGGCAGUAUGAAGGACAUAACAGUUAAACUGACCGUGAAACCAGACAGCAAGCCAAAAUGCUUCAAAGCUAGACCUGUUCCAUACGCCAUAAAACCAAAAGUUGAAAUUGAGCUAAACAGACUAGUCGAGAGUGGAGUAUUGGAUCCAGUGAAUGUUAGUGAAUGGGCUACACCCAUUGUUCCAGUCAUAAAAGAUGGAUCACUCAGACUCUGUGGUGAUUUCAAAGUCACCAUUAACCCAGUCUUGACUGCUGAAAAAUAUCCACUACCCCUCAUUGACGACCCCUUUUCUGGUUUAGCUGGAGGACAAAAAUUCAGUAAGAUAGACUUAUGUCAGGCCUAUCUACAGAUGCAUGUGGACCAAGAGUCACAAGAACUGUUGACCAUAGUGACUCACAAAGGACUGUACAGGUACCGGAGGCUUCCUUUUGGAAUCACCUCAGCUCCGGCUUUGUUUCAGAGAGCUAUGGACCAGAUACUGAGCGGGCUCACUGGGGUCCAAUGUUACCUCGAUGAUCUACUCAUCACCGGCAAAGACGAGCAGGAGCACCUGAGAAACCUAAACGCUACACUACAGAGAUUGGAGGAGUACGGUCUGAGGGUCCGGAAGGACAAAUGCAAGUUUUUCCGUCCCUCCGUUGAGUACCUGGGCCACGUCAUCGACAGUUCGGGGCUCCUCAAGGCGCCAUCGAAGGUGAAGGCCGUUGCGGAAGCUCCAUCCCCACAGAAUGUGAGUCAGCUGAGAUCAUUCUUAGGACUACUGACAUACUACGCAAAGUUUGUGCCAAAUCUAGCUAACAUGUUAAAGCCACUGCAUGAACUUUUGAACAAAACCAAACAGUGGAAGUGGACAGACAGAUGUGAGGAGGCCUUCAAGAAAGUGAAAACAGCCUUAGCUCAGUCAGAGGCCCUAACCCACUUCAACCCCAACUUGCCAUUACAGUUGGCAUGUGAUGCAUCGCCUUAUGGCGUUGGUGCAGUUGUCUCACACAUCAUGCCAUCAGGUGAAGAAAGGCCAAUUGCUUUCGCAUCACGGACCUUAAGUAAAGCCGAGAGCAAUUAUGCACAGAUAGAGCGUGAAGCACUCGCCAUUGUGUUUGGAGUUAAGAAAUUUCAUCAGUUUCUGUUUGGCCGACGAUUCACACUGCUGACGGACCAUAGACCCCUCACCUCCAUCUUUGGUCCCCACACCGGCAUUCCGUCGCUUGCAGCCAGCCGCAUGCAGCGAUGGGCGUUAUUGUUAUCUGUUCACCAGUACGAUAUCAAGUACAGAAGGUCUGAGCAGCACUGCAAUGCAGACGGCCUCUCAAGGCUUCCCUUACCUGUCGCACACACUGAGCACUCCCAGGCUGAAAUCUUCUACUUCAAGGAAGUGACGAACUCCCCAGUUACAUCUGUCCAAGUGAAAAAGUUCACCCACACUGAUCCAGUGAUGUCUGCGGUUGUGGACAUUGUCACUCGUGGAAAAGAAGUAGAGAUGUCGGACAGCCUACAACCUUACCUAGUGAGGAGAAACGAGCUCACAGUUCAGUUUGGAUGCUUGCUAUGGGGUUUUCGAGUCAUCAUACCGCCGCCACUGAGAAGGCAGGUGCUUGAAGAACUCCAUUCAGGGCACUGUGGCAUGGUGCGAAUGAAGGAGAUUGCACGCAGCUACUUUUGGUGGCCAGGUCUGGAUGCAGCUAUCGAAGACAAGGUCAAGUCAUGUUCUGCAUGUCAAAAGAUGAGGAACAUGCCUCAGCUAGCGCCACUACACCCAUGGGACUUCCCAGAGGAGCCUUGGCAGCGAUUCCACAUAGACUAUGCAGGCCCACUGGAGGAUUGUAUGUUCUUAGUCGUAGUUGACGCACACAGUAAAUGGCCUGAGGUCAAAGUGAUGAAGAGCACCUCAGCGGAGAGAACCAUCGAAGAGCUACGGUCAAUCUUCAGUCGCUUCGGCUUGCCAACGCAACUCGUUAGUGAUAAUGGCCCCCAACUGGUGUCUGAAGAGUUCCGGUCAUUCAUGGAAGCAAAUGGAAUUCAACACAUCAAGUCAGCGCCGUAUCACCCUGCAACGAACGGCCUCGCUGAAAGGUUUGUCCAAACGAUGAAGCAAGCUUUAAAAUCAUCACAAGGGAACGGCUCCCUCAAUAGGCGUCUAAACACCUUCCUGUUAACCUACAGAAACACUCCCCACGCUACAACCAAAGUGGCACCCGCGUCAGCCAUGAUGAAAAGACAGCUUCGCACACGACUCGACCUCCUGAGACCUCCAAAGACAAAACAGGUUGUACAGACACAACAGCGAGCACAGGUGGAGAGACGGAGAAAAGCAAAAUUCAGAAGCUUCGUAGCUGGAGAGAGAGUUCUUGCUCGGAACUACUGCAAAGGUCCAAAGUGGAUACCAGCCACAGUGGUUGCACAAACAGGGCCUGUGUCCUACACAGUUCACACACCGGAAAACAUAAUCAGGAGGAGACACGUGGAUCAACUGUUGCCAGGAACCAACCUCAGAGAUGACUCAUGUCAAGUGACAAACCAAGAUCAGCUACUGGAGACCUACCAUGACUACGAGCCAUCACCUGAACAUCCACUGCAGCAACCUACAAAUGUGGAAAGUGCUCCAGACUCACCUGAACCAGCCAGAGUGCCUACGCAGGGAGCGUUCUGUGUGGGCGUGACCACUACAACCUGCAGCCCCACCCCUGUCUCUCCCAACACCACGGUGAUUGAUCGUCUGGCACGGAGCCUGGCUGAAGUCCUGAAAGGGUCUGGAGUGACUCCGGCCAGUCCCACUGGAGCCGCAGUGGGGGGAGCACGCCAGAAGGGAAAAAAGAUCAACAAUCCUUUUCUCAAGGCUCCUCCACUCAGCUCCAGUGAGGAAAGUGAGGACGGAGGGGCACUCCAGCUGACUCCCCUGUUGAAGGACCGUCUACGGGCCAGGACGGAGAGGCGUGUCUCUACCCCCUCCCCAUACAACCCAGCAUCAGACAUGUAUCGACAAUACCCUCUGAUGGCCUGUCCCAACCCACAGCCUCGACUUGAUGAUGCUAAUGCUGCUGCCGCCGCAGCAUGGAACCCCAUUGUGUAUGUCCAGAGGACGUGGAGACAUGAUGAAAUCAAAGACAUUGUAGAAGACCUACCAGACCCAAGUAAGGACGUUGUGAAAUAUUCAGCAGAAAUGAGGGUAUUGGUGGGUCAAUACAAACCAUCUGCUGCUGAGAUAGCCUAUAUCUGUAAAAAGAAACUGGGACUCAGGUGGGCGGAUGUGAAGGGACAGUUUGAUUGCAACUACCUGUGGGCUGAGAAUGGCGCAUAUCAGGACCAGAUAACGGCGCUGCUGGCCAGGAUUGUGGAGAUGUAUCCAACUAAGACCGACUGGACUGCCAUCAGAGAAUGCACUAUGAAGAAAGAUGAGAGCCUGGAGGCUUUCAGAAAGAGACUUGAGACCUGUUUCAGGUUACACAGUGGUAUCAGACCAAAGGAACAUGUAUAUGGGGAUCUGCUGAAAGACGCCCUGGUGAGGGGUCUGACACCGGGCCUGGAGAAAACUGGACAGGACAAGGGGGUGGAGUGCGCAAGUGUUACAACUGUGGGAAGCCGGGUCAUUUUGCUGCUGACUGCUCCGAGCCAACGAAUCCACAGAGGAACAAAGGCAGGGGCGGACCGAGAAGAGGGGCCCAAAGGGAGGGGGCAAGAAGAGGAGGAAAAGGAGCACAUGCAUGGACAGCCCCAUUCCAAAAACAGACGUGGCAGCCAACUCCCAAUCAAUGGCAGGUCGGGCAACCUCACGGGGUCCAGCAACAGCAACAGUGGGGCCCACAAGGAGUCCCUCCAGGCAGAGGACAACCUGGAGCCUGGCAGACGGGGCCGCCGGCACAGACAACCCUGUCUCCAGUCUCUGCUCCCUGCCCUGGCCUUGUUAUAG